CAACGACUUUCAUACUUUCUCUUUUUUUGAAACUUGGCACUGCACAUUGUUGAAUAUCGGAAGGACCAUGUUGCUUUACACUUAUCCAGAGAAUUUCCGUGCUUUUAAAGCACUUAUUGCAGCUCAAUUUUCAGGAGUUAAUGUCCAAGUUGCUCCAAAUUUCGUCAUGGGAGAAACCAAUAAAACCGAGGAUUUUCUUAAGAAAUUUCCACUUGGAAAGGUUCCUGCAUUAGAAACUGAUGACGGUAAAUAUUUGUUUGAAUCGAAUUCAAUCGCAUAUUACUUGUCAAAUGCACAAUUGCGAGGUGGAAGUGAUCUUGAGAAAGCCCAAGUAUUGCAAUGGCUUAGUUUUGCAGACAGCGAACUAGGACCAGCUUCAGCAGCUUGGGUCUUUCCGAUUUUAGGAAUCAUGCAAUUCAACAAAAUUACAAAUGAACGUGCAAAGCAAGAUAUUGUCAAAGCUCUCGAAACUUUACAAGCGCGUUUAGUCAACAAUACUUUCCUAGUUGGCGAGCGUAUCACACUUGCUGAUAUCGUUGUAUUUUGUGGUCUUCUUCAACUCUUCCAACAUGUUGCAGAUCCAGAAUUCCGUAAACCAUUCUUUGCUGUCAGCCGUUGGUUUAAUACCAUCUUAAAUCAACCACAAACAAAAGCAGUUGUUAAGAACUUUACAUUAUGUGAAAAGGAAGCCGCUUUUGAUCCAAAGAAAUAUCAAGAAUGGCAAGCAAAAUUCGGUGGUGCUCAACAACAGCCCAAGAAAGAGAAGAAAAAGGAGGAGAAACCAGCAGCUGAAAAACCAGCGAAGAAGAAGGAAGACAAAAUAGAAGAACCACAAGAAUUGGAUGCUGCCGAUGAAGCUUUAUUGUUGGAACCAAAAUCAAAGGAUCCAUUCGAUUUACUUCCAAAAGGAACAUUCAACUUUGAUGAUUUUAAGAGAGUUUAUAGUAACGAAGAAGAGUCAAAGUCUAUUCCAUACUUUUUCGAGAAAUUCGAUAAGGAAAACUACUCAAUCUGGUUUGGAGAAUAUAAAUAUCCAGAGGAACUUACUAAAACGUUCAUGAGCUGCAAUUUAAUCGGUGGUAUGUUCCAACGUUUAGAUAAGAUGAGAAAACAAGCAUUUGCAUCCUGCUGCUUAUUCGGUGAAGACAACAACAGUACCAUUUCCGGAGUUUGGGUAUGGCGUGGACAAGAGCUCGCAUUUCCUCUUUCACCAGAUUGGCAAAUUGAUUAUGAAAGUUAUGCAUGGAAAAAAUUGGAUGCUGACAGUGAAGAAACAAAGAAAUUAGUGACACAAUACUUCUCAUGGGCUGGAACAGACAAGGACGGACGUAAAUUUAAUCAAGGCAAAAUUUUCAAGUAAAUUUUUGCCAGCACAUUUAAUUUAUGUAUGCUGUCAUCAAGCUUAAUGAAUGUCCCUUUCUCCUCUCGUACGUUUUAUAUAAUUCUUGAAAUUAUCUUCAUUACAUAACAUUUGAAGCAUUUGUCCAGUGCAGAGACAAGUUCUGUAAAAACAAGCAAAUAAUGCUGUCACGAAAAUAAAGUGAAAAAACUAAUUAAUAAAAAAUAUAAUACAGGA